GUUGCGUCCGCAGGUUAUCAACUGCCCGACCUGACGUGUACCAACAACAAGACACGACAACAUUAAAAAUUAAGCCGCAUAUUUUAAAGAAUUUGAAAGAAUGGCCCCAAAAGAAAGUAAAGAUAAAGAUGAUAAGCCUGUGAAAAUUAAUAAAUGGGAUGGUUCGGCCGUAAAAAACGCCAUCGAUGACGCAGUGAAAGAAGUACUUACUAAAAAAUUCAAUUAUGUAGAAAAUUUUGCCUUAAUGGAUGGUCGACUCAUCAUUUGUAGCAUUGCAGUGGGAUUCGCUAUGUUUGCUCUACUGUGGGAUUAUUUAUAUCCAUUUCCGCUAUCUAAGAAUGUGCUUAUAUGCUGUGUUAUGGUAUAUUUUCUGAUGAUGACCAUUUUAACAUUGUACACCACAUAUAGAGAAAAAGGCAUUUUUGCAGUAUGCAUCCAAAAAAAGGAUGGCCAGAAAAAAGAUAGUAGAUGGGAAGCUAGUUCUUAUUUGAAAAAAUUUGAUGAUAAGUACAAGUUGGUCAUUACUCUCAAAGAUGGUAAAACUGGUUCAUCGAGAGAUGCAAGUUUAGAGAAGAGUGUCGCUAACUUUGUGGAUGUUAAUGGAAGUGUAGUGCAUGAAAUUGUAGAAAAUGAGGUUACAAAACUGCAUAAUUCUUUGUUGAGUGAUCGUAAGGAGAAAUAGCUCUUGUAAUUUUUUAAGCAACACACUUAUUGCUUUAAUCUACUUGAUUUGUAUAUUUCUCUAAUACAGGUUUUUUAAUAUAAUGUUUUGUUCGGUG